UUCGUCUGCAUUCAGUUUUCAGCCAGCGAGAAGAACAGUAGUGAAAAAUCGAAGCUCUCGGAAAGUGCACGGUAUUUUCUGCAACAAAGAACAAAAAAAAGUAGUCCAUUUUGUGUGAAUUCUUUUCUUGUGUGUUCAGGUGCAAGAAGUAGCAGUUUUUCCUUUAAAUCGUUUGCGCGUAAAUUCGCCAACUUUUGAGGAUGCAAAUCUUUGUCAAGACGUUGACCGGUAAGACCAUCACCCUCGAGGUCGAGCCGUCGGACACCAUCGAGAACGUCAAGGCUAAGAUCCAAGACAAGGAGGGAAUUCCCCCAGACCAGCAGCGUCUGAUCUUCGCCGGAAAGCAGCUUGAAGAUGGUCGUACUCUGUCCGACUACAAUAUCCAGAAGGAGUCUACGCUCCAUCUGGUCCUACGUCUGCGUGGUGGAAUGCAAAUCUUCGUGAAGACACUGACCGGUAAGACCAUCACUCUGGAGGUCGAGCCUUCCGAUACGAUCGAGAACGUGAAGGCCAAGAUCCAGGACAAGGAGGGAAUCCCCCCAGAUCAACAGCGUCUUAUCUUCGCCGGAAAGCAGCUCGAGGAUGGUCGUACCUUGUCGGAUUACAACAUCCAGAAGGAAUCGACCCUUCAUUUGGUGCUGCGUCUGCGUGGUGGUAUGCAGAUCUUCGUGAAGACGCUGACCGGUAAGACCAUUACUCUGGAGGUCGAGCCCUCGGACACCAUCGAGAAUGUCAAGGCCAAGAUCCAGGACAAGGAGGGAAUCCCCCCAGAUCAGCAGCGUCUUAUCUUCGCCGGAAAGCAGCUCGAAGAUGGUCGUACCUUGUCGGAUUACAACAUCCAGAAGGAGUCGACCCUUCAUCUGGUGCUGCGUCUGCGUGGUGGCAUGCAGAUCUUCGUGAAGACUUUGACCGGCAAGACCAUCACCCUCGAGGUCGAGCCCUCGGACACCAUCGAGAAUGUCAAGGCCAAGAUCCAGGACAAGGAGGGAAUCCCGCCAGACCAGCAGCGUCUGAUCUUCGCCGGAAAGCAGCUCGAGGAUGGUCGUACUCUUUCGGAUUACAACAUCCAGAAGGAGUCGACCCUUCAUCUGGUGCUGCGUCUGCGUGGUGGCAUGCAGAUCUUCGUGAAGACGCUGACCGGUAAGACCAUCACUCUGGAGGUCGAGCCCUCGGACACCAUCGAGAACGUGAAGGCCAAGAUUCAGGACAAGGAGGGAAUUCCCCCAGACCAGCAGCGUCUGAUCUUCGCUGGAAAGCAGCUCGAGGACGGUCGUACUCUGUCCGACUACAACAUCCAGAAGGAGUCGACCCUUCACUUGGUCCUUCGUCUUCGCGGUGGAAACUGAAUCAACACACAUCUACGACCGGGACGAGCCGCUUAGUCUCGUUCCGCCAAGCAGCUUCAAAUCUUAGUAUUCAAACCACAUUCGGUGUCGUGUUUUUUCUUCCCCCUUCACAGUAGAUGUUGAAUAAAUCCACCAGCAACUCCAAAUUCAAACACUCCGACCCCCCCUCAUUCCACGCCGGGGGAAGAACCCCCCGAACUCCAAAUUCCUCGUGUAUGUUUGUGUAGAAAAAGCCAACAAACUCGAUCGAGCCAGCCGCUCUCGAGUGCGGUUUUCCAUGUGUGUAGGUUUUUGGCCGGAAGGCUUUCUUUCUCCAGGGCACCUAUCUAGCUGCGCCACGAGCACUGAUAUCGAAAUAAAGAAAAUCCAACAAAAUGUAA